AUGCGCUCCAGCUCCAUCCCUGUGCCCUGUGCCAUGCCCAAGACGAAGAAGCUGGCUAUGGUGCAGCAGCCCCACAAAAGAGUCAAAGGGCUGCUGGUGCCAGGUCGUGGGAGCGAUAAACUCUCUGCCUGUGUGUGCAGCCAGGUGCACGGUGGGAACAGUGUCCUCGACUGCUGCCUGCGGACCAGCGAGAAGCCCAUCCCACGGAGAAUAGUGCAGGAUUACCAGCUCCAGCUGGUGAAGGAUGGCUGUGACAUCCCGGCUGUAGUGUUCAUUACUGCAAAGGGUAAGCGCCUCUGUGCCCCCUUCGAAGUGCCAUGGGUGGUUCGCCUCCAAGAGAAGCUGGAUGCCAACCCCACCAGGAAGGUCAAACAGCAGGGCCAGUAAGCUGCAAAGAAGCCCACAGCUGGCCCCAGCACCUGGAGUGGGGUUGGCCUGCAGCUGUGAAUAUGAAGCUAAUAGAGCCAGUCUGCUGCCACUUUGAGCCACAGGGCUGAUCCUUCUUGGGACUCAUGCCAGUGUGCGGGGCUGGGCAGAAUCCAGCCUGCUCUCCUUUCUUCUGUCUCUGAUGUGACCUAGCAUCUCUGAUGUGACCUAGCAACCUACAUCAGUUUGAACUGAGGGCUGUUGGACCAGAGACUGCCACCCUUGCAGCCUGGAAGCUGGUUGAUAGCAUAUUCUGUGAGAUGAGGUUGGGCAGUCUCAACCUUCCCUUCAGCUCAGCACUAGUUUGAUCCUUUUAGUUUCUACCAUCAGCUUCAAGCCCGAGUCCUGCAUCUCUGGGAAAGACUGACAGGACUGCACAGUGCUGGGGUGGAGAGAAGGAAUGGAGAUGUUACUCACUGGCCAUUCACUGCUCUGCUUCUUCACUGAACACAGCCUAGAUGUCCUCAGAGAGUGCCCAGUGCAGUUCCCCUCUCACACCCUGACUUGCCUGAGCUGUUUCCAAUCCUGCCCUUCCUUGCAUGGGCAGAAAUAGAGCCAGUGAUACAGCACCAGCAGAGUGGGCAAUGAUGCUGAUCUCAGCCCCUGCUCUCCUCAGGAACCUUGUUCCCCUUGUUGGUCCCCCAGGCUACCAGCAGUUUCGGGCCCUGCCACCACUCCCCUGUCUGAUCAGGAAUGCACAAGCAGUGUUCACAUCACUCUCAGGUAUCUGCUGUUAGAUCUGUUUGAUGUAAGUUAUAGGUGUCAGCUGCUGCUUGCUCUCUUGUCUUGUGCUGUAAUUUUGAUAAAUAAAAACUCAUGGCUAGUU